AUGGUUGAGUCGGACGAAGAUCUUCUAGAGAGCCUGGGUUAUCGACAGGAGUUCCGACGCGAGUUCACUCGAUGGAGUACUCUCAGCCACGCCAUAUCCAUACUGGGCGUGUUGGGAUCGGUCCCGGCAUCUUGGGGCUCACCUCUGGCUGCUGGCGGGCCGAGUACUGCCAUCUGGGCCUGGUUCUCGGGGUCCUUCUUCUCGUUAUGCAUCGCGCUGUCAGUCGCCGAACUGGUCUCUGCAUAUCCGAUGUCUGGCGGCAUGUACUUCAUCACGAAGCAUGUUUUGCCCCAUAAGAAGGUUUCGGUUGCGGCAUGGAUGAUCGGCCGGUCCAACUUCCUCGGCCAGACCGCUAGUGUUGCCAGUGUAGGCUACUCCGUCGCACAAAUGACCUUAGCCGCGGAGUCGAUGGGCUCCGUGCGUGAGGAUGGAACAUUCGCGUAUGUGCCAAUUGCGCAGUCUACCGUUGGUGUUAGCGUCGUCAUCGGUUCUGUCGUGAUCUCUAUAGCUCUCCUCGUCCUCACGCCCAACAAGCUGCCGGCAAGCGAGGUCUUUGGAAACGUCAUAGACGGGUCUGGAUGGAAUAGCGAAGGCUUCUCGUUUCGGAUCGGAUAUCUCAGCGUAGCAUGGACCAUGACCGACUACGACGCCACAGCCCACAUGUCAGAAGAGCAGCAAAACGCCGCCGCGAGCGGCCCGGUGGCCAUCGUCCAAGCCAUAAUCAUCUCAUGGGUCUUCUUCAAUGCCUGCGGGCGAGCUGGCGGUCUCGGGAUGUGGUUCUGGGUUAUCCUCGUGCAGUUAUUCACGGGUGUCACGGCGAUGCUUUCGAAUACGAGGACGUGCUUUGCUCUGGCUCGAGACGAAGCGCUUCCCUUCUCUGGAACACUUCGAAAGAUCAAUGAAUAUACUCAAACACCUCUAUACAGUGUAUGGUCAGUCGUCCUAGCCUGCUGCCUGCAGAACCUCAUAGCCCCGGGCAGCGUGCAGACGAUCAACGGCAUCUACGGCAUCACCGCGCCGGUCAUGGACAUAUCGUACAUUGCCUUCAUCGCAGCACGGAUAUACUACGAGAAGGACCACCCAAUCAGCAAGGGCCCGUUCCAGCUCUGA